AUGGCCGAACACCCCCAUUUCAUCACUACUGAACCACUCGAGGUGGACUAUGAGGCACUUCCUGAGGAUGCUAGCAUUGUUGCCCAUCUUUCAGCUGGUGCUUUCGCCGGAAUUAUGGAGCAUACCGUCAUGUACCCCAUUGACUCUAUCAAGACCAGAAUGCAGAUGAUUGCCUCGGGUCAGCCUGCCAGUCGGUCAGUCAUUCUGUCUAUUAGUCGAAUUUCUUCCAGUGAAGGUGCCUACGCUUUGUGGCGUGGUGUGUCUUCUGUCGUUUUGGGUGCUGGUCCUGCCCAUGCCGUGUACUUUUCUGUUUUCGAAGCCACCAAGACCAUGUUAGUUAAUCGUGUCACAGGCUCCAGCAGCAACAAGAUCGUCACCGACGAAACACAUCCAUUGAUUGCCUCCGGUGCCGGAAUUGCUGCUACUGUUGCAUCCGAUGCGUUGAUGACUCCAUUCGAUGUCAUUAAGCAAAGAAUGCAGGUUGGAGAGAAGAUUGUGGAGAAGGUCGUCAGCAGUGCUGCUUCUGCUUCUGCUUCUUCCACUGCCGCUUCUGGUGAGUCUUCUGCACCCGCUGCCUCCAAUUCGGUCAAACUUUUCAAGACCGCUGCUUCCAUCUAUCGUCGAGAGGGUUUGAGUGCGUUCUUCAUUUCGUACCCAACUACCUUGUUCACCAACAUUCCGUUCGCAGCAUUGAACUUCGGAUUCUACGAGUACCUGUCAUCUAUCUUAAACCCAGAGAACACCUACAACCCAUACUACCAUUGUGUGUCGGGAGCCAUUGCAGGAGGUAUCGCAGCUGCUUUGACAAACCCAUUGGAUUGUAUUAAAACCGCUUUGCAGACUCGAGGUAUUUCUACCAACGAGUCAUUAAGAAGCGUCAAUGGAUUCGUCAGCGCAGCCAAGGCAUUGCACAAGCAGGGCGGUAUGGCAGCCUUUAGUCGAGGCUUGAAGCCCAGAAUUAUCUUCAAUGUGCCCUCCACAGCGAUCUCAUGGACGGCCUACGAAAUGGCCAAGGAGAUCUUGUUGAGAGAUUAG